AUGGCUCUACCGUGCGGCCUGGCGUGGUUCUCUUGCCCUAUUGUCCUGGGAGCUUUUGUUCUGUGGGACUUUCUCGAGCACCGAAUUUCGGAGAGAAAUCGAAAACGAUACCGCGAAUUCCCCUUGCCCCGUUCCGAGGAGCGUGCUUAUAGUCCUUCCGACGUUAGCAUCAUCGUGCCCACCGUCGACACUGAUCCGGCAUUCUCUGAUGGCCUCAGCGGCCUCCUCAGGAAUAAACCACUCGAGAUAAUCAUCAUUACUACAGAAGAGGAGGCAGACAGGGUCCGCGCACUGAUUCGCGCCGCGCCUGUAGACGCCAACAUGGGACAGACUGAGCUCCGCAUCCUUACGGUCUCCAAAGCGAACAAACGAGAUCAGCUGCUCCGAGGCAUCAACGAGAGUAAAGGAAGUAUCAUGGCAUUGGUCGAUGAUGACGCAUUUUGGGAACGCGAGACUGUUCUUUUGCACCUACUGGCGCCUUUUCAGCAGCAAGAUAUUGGACUUGUCGGGGGCCCAACAACCUCGUACCUACCACUCAAGAGACAAUACCCUGGCACCAUCAAGCCAUGGGAGGUGGCAGCCAUUCGUCUUCGUGGGAAGCGCCACGGGAGCAUGAAAAGCGCAUAUGCUGCCGAUGGUGGCAUCAACUUUUGCGUCUCCGGCGUCACAGCGCUGCUCCGAUCCGAGAUCGCCCGCGAUCCGGCGUUCCAAUCUGCCUUUGCAAACGACAUGUUGAUGGGCCAACGCCAGAACUCUGGUGACGACAGCUUCAUCACGCGCUGGGUCCUUUUCCAACACUUGUUCAAGCCGCAGCGCCGCGACGGGGAGGAGAAGCCAGUCCAGAGGAAGCUGGGCAUGCAGCUUACAGAAGGCGCCGAAGCCGGGACCUCCAUCAUGCCAGACUCACGGUUCGCGGGUCAGAUGAAGCGGUGGUACCGGAGUGGCCUGCGACACCGACUGAUGUGUCUCGUCUACGAACCUGGCUUCUGGGGCAUGUACAAGACAUGUCCGCACAUGACGCGGAAGAUGGUCGAGGGCAUGCUCAACCCGGUGCUGCUGUGGGUGCGGCUCUACUGUUUCUGGAGAACAUUCCACGCCUGUCCGUGGUUUGGCUCCUUCGUUCUCUCCAUCAAGACAUACAACUACUUGGACGGUUUGCUAGAGUUUGCGACCGAAUAUCCCUUUGUCAGACGCCAUCUGUGGGCUGCCGUUCUGGUCGACAGACUCUGCCUUGUCUCGGACUGGUACUGCUGGGUGACAUUGGGGACCGAAGCGUGGAUCACGCGGCAAGCGGUCGAUCCGCCCGCUGCUGGGAGGAGUCGUCGAGAUCGUGUCAAGGGAGAAUAG